AUGUCACCCGAGAAAUUGUCGAUCAUGGUGUCAGAAACUAACAUGAACAAUACCGUUAUUUAUGUGAAGGAGUUAACCACAUCGAUCUUUCCAGAGUCAAGCACGUCAUUUCUGGCACAUUUGUCGUCUUCAGUCAUUCUUCAGACGUCGUCGCAAACACUGGAUGCGCCUACAACACAGACAACAUCACCGAUGUCAACCACGCCCCGAUGGACCACAACACAUUUUUCACUCACGACAGUGUCAUCAACGUCAUUGAUCAGCCCAUCUUUUUCCGAAAAGUUUAUGACUAGCUCAGAGGUCCAUGUAAUAGAAGAAGACCCUGCCACAGACGACUUAACUGUGAUCGUCCCUACCGAAAAAUCACCAAUUAAAACGCAACCAACAGUACCGGAACCUUCUAUUAAGUUUGUGGUCUCAAUGAAAGUGGGCUCUUACAACUACACUCCGGAAAUGGCAGAUCCAGAAAGCGCCGUUUUCAAGAAGGUAGCUAAAGAGAUAGAAAACACCCUAUACGAAGAGUUAUGCCGGAAGAAAUUACUAGACUGCAUCGCUGUUGAAGUGUUCAAGCUCGAGGAAGGCAGCGUAAUUGUGUCCUAUAACGUCCAUAUGGCUUCUUCGACCAAUUACAAACAGUCGCACGUAAAUAACGUCAUCACUGAUUCGGCGAAUAGUGGCCAGCUGGGACGUUUGAAAGUGAGCGAUGUGGAGGUGAAAAAAGGAGAUAAAGAAGAGGAGCAAAGCGAUAGCUCAUCGUCACGUGUUUUCGUUUACGUUCUCUGCGGAGUCGGUGCCUUAUUGGUGAUUGCAUUGAUCAUAGCUGCCAUUUCUAAGGUAAGAAAACAUAAAAUUUGUUGUCAUUCAAAAUAAAAUCAUCCACGUCGCUGAUUUUGCGUUACUCGACUUCUACUUUAGGAUACUUCACUUGCAGCAUGUAAUAACUUAAGUAUUUUUCUUCUUUUAGUACUAUAACCGAAGAAAGAACUCCGUCCAAGUUCUCGAGGUUCCCUCCAACAAUGGCGGCUUGGGCCGUUAA